UGGUUCUCUAUUAUUCCUGGCUUAUCCUAUCUCAUCCGUCCAUUGACCAUCCAACGGUCAUUGUACCUUUUAAUCUCAUCCAACUCCGACGUCCAUCCCCUGCUCCGUGCCAUUUUCCCGGCGACCGCCCCCGCCGCCAUGUCUUGGCUUCGAACUCUCGCACGCAUUUCCCGCUCCAUCUCCUCCUCCUCCUCGCGGAACACAUUCCCCCACUCUAUCUCCACUUCCCCAGGCUUCAGCUCCGCCGCCAGCGCCGGACUCGGACCGACACUGGCAGGCGAAGAGAAGCCGAGGCUGCUCGUGGUGGGGUCCGGAUGGGCCGGGUGCCGUCUGAUGAAGGGCGUCGACGCCGGGAUGUACGACAUCGUCUGCGUCUCGCCGCGGAACCACAUGGUCUUCACCCCGCUCUUGGCCUCGACUUGCGUCGGCACGCUCGAGUUCCGCUCCGUCGCAGAGCCCAUCGGCCGUAUCCAGCCGUCCAUCUCCACCGCCCCUGGCUCCUACUUCUUCCUCGCCCGCUGUACAGCCAUCGACCCCGAUUCCCACACGGUACAUUGUGAAACUGUUUCUGAUCACGGGACUGCCAGAGAUGCUCAUGAACCAUGGAAGUUUAAGGUGUCAUACGAUAAAUUGGUUAUUGCAACUGGAGCAGAGGCUUCAACUUUUGGUAUACGAGGUGUGAAGGAGCAUGCCAUUUUUUUGAGGGAAGUUCAUCAUGCCCAAGAGAUUCGAAGAAAACUUCUCCUCAAUCUAAUGCUUUCCGAUGUGCCCGGUAUCUCAGAGGAUGAAAAGAAGAGACUGUUGCACUGCCUUGUUAUUGGAGGUGGUCCUACAGGUGUCGAGUUCAGUGGUGAACUCAGUGAUUUCAUCAUCAAAGAUGUCCAUGAACGAUACUCGCAUGUUAAGGAUUAUAUUAAUGUCACCUUAAUUGAGGCAAAUGAAAUAUUGUCAUCCUUUGAUGUCCGUCUCAGACAAUAUGCUACAAAUCAAUUAACCAAAUCAGGAGUUCGCCUUGUACGUGGACUUGUGAAAGAUGUUCAACCUGAAAAAGUUGUUCUAAGUGAUGGCACAGAGGUUCCCUAUGGACUUCUUGUAUGGUCCACUGGUGUUGGUCCUUCUUCACUAGUUAAAUCUUUAGGAUUCCCAAAAUCACCAGAGGGAAGGAUUGGUGUUGACGAGUGGUUACGCGUUCCUUCCGUGCAGGAUGUGUUUGCAAUCGGUGACUGUAGUGGUUUUCUCGAAGGCACGGGGAGAACAACAUUGCCAGCAUUGGCACAGGUUGCAGAAAGACAGGGGAAGUAUCUUUGCGCCCUGUUGAACCGAAUGGGUAAAGCCGGAGGAAGCUACGCAAACACUGCAGCAAAUGCAGACCUUGGCGAUCCUUUUGUCUAUAAGCAUUUAGGGAGCAUGGCGACUGUUGGUCGAUACAAAGCUCUUGUCGAUCUCAGGCAAAGCAAGGAGGCAAAAGGGAUCUCUCUUACAGGUUUCAUCAGCUUCUUCGUCUGGAGAUCUGCGUAUCUAACUCGAGUCAUAAGUUGGAGGAACAGAUUCUAUGUCGCAGUUAACUGGAUUACGACGAUUGUGUUUGGCCGCGAUAUAAGCCGAAUCUAAGGAGAUAUUUUCGGAUGCCCUAGUGGAGCUGGGAAUUUCUAAAAAUAGCUCCGAAUCUGCGUCAAUAUAAAGUAAAUGCGUUCUCAUUUUCGACAAAUCGAGUCUGGGGCACGAUCGCAUCGACGGCGCCCCCGUUGACUAU